AUGACUAAAUCCCUCCAACAGGACCACUUCCACCGCCUCAAAACCGCCUACCCUGGCCGGCGCCUGCUGAUAGUCUCCAACACCGCAGGAGCCUCAGCCAACGACCCCCACGGGCAUCUCUCCUCAGCUGUUGAGAAAGCAACAGGAAUCUCCGUGCUUCCUCACUCUACUAAGAAACCGGGGUGCGGAGAGGAGAUCAUGGAGUAUUUCCGCAAGUAUCCCGAAACGGGCGUCACGAGACCAGAGCAGAUUGCGAUUGUUGGUGAUCGCUUGACGACUGAUGUGAUGGUGGCGAAUUUGAUGGGGAGUUAUGCUGUCUGGGUUAAGGAUGGUGUUGUGGGGUUGGAGGGGGGUAGUUUUUUUGCGAGGAUGGAGCAUAGAUUUGCAGCUUUUUUGAUGAAGAGGGGAUAUGAAGCUCCGGAACCGAAGAGCUCGUUUGAGGGAUAG